AUGGAUGGGGAUUUGCGCAGCUGGCCAUGUGGACGGAGGCAGAGAAAAGAAGAAAAAGAAAGAGAAGAGAGACAGGAAGAAGAGAGAGAGAGAGAGAGAGAGGCCUCCCCCCCCCCCCCCCUGCAUCUGCAUGCCCUUGCGCAGCGUGGACAUGACAUGUGGGAGAGCAGCGGGCGGGCAUAUGUACAUACAUCUGGCACUCCUGAUGUAUCUCAUCUCGUCUCGUCUAUGCCUCAGGACGCAAGACGCAAGCAGCUAGCAGGAAACAAGGUUAAGCAGGAAAUAAAAAAUAAAAUAAAAUAA